AUGUCCUUUGCCAAGCUUGCUUCAAUCGUCGCUCUCGCUACUGUUGCGAAUGCCGCCGUCACUAAGCGCGUAACCUGCGCCGACGGCAACAUCACCGCCAACGAGGCGUGCUGCGUGCUCUUCCCCAUCCUCGAGGACAUUCAGACGAACCUUUUCGACGGUGGCGAAUGUGGCGAAGAGGUUCACGAGUCACUCCGUCUGACCUUCCACGACGCGAUUGGUGUCUCCCAGAACAAUCCAGCCGUGGGCACCGGCGCAGACGGAUCCAUGAUCAUCUUUGCAUCGACUGAGACAAACUUCCACGCAAACGGCGGUAUCGACGACAUUGUAGACGCCCAGACGCCCUUCGUCCAGGCGCACCCGGAAAUCUCCGUCGGCGACUUCAUCCAGUUCGCGGGCGCGGUCGGUGUCUCCAACUGUCCCGGCGCUCCUCGUCUUCAGUUCCUCCUCGGUCGCAAGAACGCCACUGCACCCGCACAGGACUUGACCGUUCCCGAGCCCUUUGACACCGUCGACAGCAUUCUCGCUCGCUUUGAUGACGCUGGCGGCUUCACCCCCGCCGAAGUCGUCGCUCUCCUCGCUUCACACACUGUCGCAGCCGCUGACCUCGUCGACCCGACCAUUCCCGGAACUCCCUUCGACAGCACGCCGUUCACCUUCGACACCCAGUUCUUCGUCGAGACCCAGCUCCGCGGCACGCUCUUCCCUGGUAACGGCGCGAACCAGGGUGAGGUCGAGUCCCCGUUGCACGGCGAGAUUCGUCUGCAGUCCGACUCUGAGCUCGCUCGCGACUCGCGCACUGCAUGCCUCUGGCAGGCGAACGUCAACAACCAGCAGCACAUGAUGACCUCGUUCGCCGCCGCGAUGGCCAAGCUCGCAGUGCUCGGUCAGGACACCAGCAACAUGGUCGACUGCUCGGACGUCAUCCCCGUUCCCAAGACUUUCACCUCAUCGGCGACCUUCCCCGCUGGCCUUUCCAACGCCGAUGUUGAGCAGGCAUGCGCCACCUCCGCAUUCCCCACACUCAAGACCGACCCCGGCCCGGUAACCUCUGUUGCCCCCGUCCCUCCCUCGUAA